AUGGCAAAAUCCGGCCUUUCCAGACGUCUUGAUUCUUCAAGAAAUUACAGAAGCGAUUCUAAUGAACAAAGUAGUAAAUUCAAUAAAUUAACUGAAAGAAGAGCUAUGGAAUCCUUAAGAAUGUCUGAAUAUUUAUCCGAUGUCGUAAAAUAUUUGCAAUUACUCUCAAGGGAAAAUGUGAAAAUUAAUGUAAUUAAACAAACUUUAGAAUUAUUAUUGAAAACGGCUAAAAUUCAAAAGGGUAGAUCAAAAGAAUUAAUGAAUGAUUAUAUUUCUUUUUAUAAUGGAUUAAAUAAUGUUAAAAGACCAUCAAUCACGAAUAUGUUAAUUUACUGCUUACUAGUUUUCUUCUUAGUCAUAACUAUAAUCUACAAUUUUUAUUUAUUGCCAGAAUAUUUUAGUACUUCACAUUACAGUAAAAUUUUCGAUCUUAAAAAUUACAAUAUCUCAUCAUAUAUUGACUUUUGCAAAGAUAUUAAUUGUUAUAGAGACAAAUGUAGUAAUCAUACUUCAAGUGAUAUAAAAGACACACAUUAUAAUUUCACUGCAAAUGACGGUUAUAAAUUUUGUGGAUAUUUCUUAGAGAAUAAUCCUGAUCCGAAAGAUAGUUAUGAAUGCUUGUCUGGAAAGAACAUGCAAACUCCUUCUUUUAAUCAAUUUUUUUUCAAUUAUAUUCGAUCGUUUUUCAAUUAUGUAAGCUCAGCAGAUGAAUCAUAUUGUGAAAAAAAGAAUGAACAUAUUUUACAAAAUACUAUGAAAUUUUAUGAAAUUUGUGAAUGCUUAUUAAAGAAUAGAAUAGAUGACGUAAAUUCCACAUAUUCACUUUGUGAACGAUGGCAAAUUAUUAAACCUUCGAAUAAUACAGUCUAUUAUUCUUUUAACAAUUUGUUACUAGUCGGUUGCUUAGCUAUAAUUAUUUUCAUAAUAAAAGGAAUGAUGGAUUGGAUAAUUCAACAAGAUAAUUACCAAGAAUCGGAUUUUAUACGACAUAUUAAGGAUAGAUUUCCAGGAAUUAAAGAUAAUAUUAUUAUUUUAGACGAAUUUUGGAACACACAAAUUAUUAUUAUUAAUGAUCAUAUUUCGAAUUUAGAAUCAAUAAAUGUGGAUAAGAUCAAAUUACCAAAUCAGAUUGUAGAUUCAAUUGUAAGGAUCUGGGACGAAGAAUCUAAACGGUGUAAAAGUUGUUAUUAUAAAUUAACUGAAAGUGUCGCUUUAAAUUCUAUGCUCGAUUAUUAUAAAUUAACAGAAAGUGUCGCUUUAAAUUCCAUGCUCGAGUAA